AUGUCUCGGGAGGCCCCCUGGUGGAAGAACGCCACUAUCUAUCAGAUAUAUCCCGCCAGUUACAAAGAUUCCAACGGCGAUGGUAUUGGCGAUAUUCCGGGAAUCCAUAGCAAGCUCGAUUAUAUUCAGGCGCUUGGUGUCGACGCGAUCUGGCUAUGUCCCAUGUACGAUAGCCCUCAAUAUGACAUGGGAUACGAUAUUCGCGACUAUGAAAAAGUCUACGAGCCGUACGGCACAGUCGCCGAUGUGGAAGCGCUCAUUGCUGCAUGCCACGAGCGCGGAAUGAAAAUUCUACUUGACUUGGUUAUCAACCACACGUCGCAUCUGCAUGCCUGGUUCCAAGAGUCACGAGCAUCCAAGACAAGCGCAAAGCGCGAUUGGUAUAUCUGGCGACCUGCCAAGUAUGAUGCCGACGGGAAACGCCGUCCCCCAAACAACUGGCGCAGUGUGUUUGGAGGCAGUGCUUGGGAGUGGGAUGAAGAGACCCAGGAAUACUACCUGCAUCUCUUCGCAGUUCAACAGCCAGACUUGAACUGGGAAAACCCAGCAAUGCGCGCGGCUGUCUAUGAAUGUGCCAUGGAGUUCUGGCUUCGCAAAGGCAUUGAUGGCUUCCGCGUUGAUACAGUAAACAUGUACAGCAAAGAACAAUCAUUUAAGGAUGCCCCCAUCAUCGACUCUCGACUUGAAUGGCAACCGGCCUCAUCCAUGUACUGCAACGGUCCCCGAAUUCAUGAGUUCAUGCAGGAGAUGGGAGAGAUUUUAAUCAAGUACAACGCCAUGACGGUUGGCGAGCUUCCCCACACACCAGAGGUCGCAGAUGUGCUUUCCUACGUCUCAGAGAAGGAGAAACAGCUGAGCAUGGUCUUCCAAUUCGACAUUGUGGACAUUGGUACGGGCGCUGUGCGAUUUGACACUGUCCCCCGUGCCUGGACAUUGCCGGACCUUCGGGAGCGUGUGGCCCGCACUCAGGCUCUCAUGGACGGCACGACUGAUGGCUGGAGCACGACCUUUCUCGAGAACCAUGACCAAGCUCGGUCCAUUUCCCGGUGGGGUAGCGAGGCGACCCCGGAACUUUGGGCACGAAGUGCUAAGAUGCUGGCUAUGCUUGUUGCCAGUCUAUCGGGUACUUUGUACGUGUACCAAGGCCAGGAGAUUGGUAUGGUAAAUGCCCCCGUCGAGUGGGAUAUCAGCGAGUACAAGGACCUCGACAGUCUGAACUAUUACAAAUUCGUGCAAGAGUUGUCCAACAACGACCCUGUCCCUGUUGGAGCGGCGAAGCGUGCGCUAGCACAUCUCGCACGCGAUCAUGCUCGAAUGCCCAUGCAGUGGGAUGGUACGCCCAAUGCGGGUUUCACUACCGCUACAGCUAAGCCCUGGAUGCGUGUGCACGACAACUACUCAGAGUUAAAUGCGAAGCGCCAAGCACUCGACUCCAAUUCUGUCCUUUCAUUCUGGCGUGAGCUGCUGCAAGUCCGCCGAGCUCAUCCGGAUGUCUUUUCGCAGGGUGUCUUUGUUGAUACAGACCCUCUCAAUGAGUCGGUGUUUGUCUUUGAGAAGAAGGGUGUUAGUCAAAAGCUUGUCGUCGCUUUAAACUUCACGGGCGACAAACAGAGAGUUGAUUUGGCAGCCCAGAUGGGAUCCAAAUCUUGCAAGACUCUGCUGAGUAACUGUGAGGGGGAGUCACUGGAUGAGCUAGAGGCAUACGAAGGACGAGUUUACCUAGUGGACAACUAG